AUGGAAGGAGGUGGAGGAAGUAGCGCCGCCGCCGCCGCAGGAGUGGUACCGGAAUCAGCUAUGGUGGCUGUGAAAGAAACGAUGGCGCACCUCGCGGAACUGAAACCGCAGCUUGAGCAGAUGCUUUCUUUGGCCGAGCCAGAGGUACUUGCUCAUAUGCAGCCAUUGAUGCGAGCUAAGACUGUGCAGUUGCUCGCCGAAGCUACCACAGCAAUUUACGAUUUGAGGCUGAGAUGUACUGGAGCUAAUCCCGAUGAUCAUCGUGUCAAAUCUGAAAUUGAGCGGUUAAACGUGUACAGAGAGAAGUUUCAGCGGUGUUUGGAUCGAAGUAAAGAACCAUUACGUCCGACUACCGUCUUAAACCGUCAUGCAGCAACCCGUUUCAUCGCGCACUCUCUACCUGAUCUUACAUCAGCUCAAAAGCAAAACAUUAGAGACCUCGGUAAAGGAGAGAUGUCAAGGAUCAGACAUUCGGAAACAAGUGCGAGAAAGAGGAAAUUCCAGUCAAGUGAGAAACAGUCUGUUCAGUCUGCUGCAAAGGAAUUUCUUGAAAAGGCAGCUCGUGAGCUUAAUGGUAACAUUGAAAAUGGUUUGAAGGGGCCUCUUAUGGUGGCGGCAGCUGAUGGUUCCGAAGAUGUUGAGAUUAGUACAGCCUGA